AAUCUUCGGCAGAAUUUCUUCAACGGCUCUCUUCCUAGCGAGCUUGGCAAUUUCACUAACCUCAUUGUCUUAAAUUUUGACGGCAACUUGUUUUCCGGAAGCAUUCCUCCAUCGAUGGGCGAGAUGUCACUGCUUCAGCAAAUUUUCAACCAGCUGAGUGGCACCAUCCCCGACUCCCUUGGUCACCUGCGUGGCCUCACACACCUUAUCCUAAUGGAUAACCUUCUAAGCGGUUCUAUUCCAACAGCACUGGCAUCGCUGCCGAAGCUUAGAGCCAUAAUGGCCUCCAGCAACCAGCUGUCGGGAAGCAUACCUGCUGCACUGGGUGAUCUCCUACAGCUAGAUUACCUGGACCUCAGUGGCAAUCAGUUCUACGGGACAGUCCCAAGCACCCUCAGCGACCUUUCCAAGCUGCAGUACCUUUUUCUGACAAACAACCAGUUCUGGGGAACCAUAGAGCCCAUCACACGAACCAUGAGGAACCUCAGAAUGCUCUCAGCCUCUUCAACCCUCGAGCAGUACCAAGUGGAUACCAAUUUCUUCACCCACGGGGAGGUCAAGUUCAAAAACUGCUCAGCCGUCAUGUGGACCACCGAUGCAAACUGCCUUGCUGCCUCUGCAAGCGUCUGCGGCCGUGCUUCCACCCAGAGGACUGCUGCUGUUUGUGCUGCAUUCUGUGGGGUGGAGAUCGGAGCUACUGGCCCUGUGUGUGGGGGGCAUGGCUACUGCUCGGUAAAUGCUUUCAUUGGAGAAGGGGAGUGUGUGUGCGAUCCCAACUACAUGCUUGAUAGCAGCAACACCAACGCAUGUGUGGCUGGAGCUUAGGUUCACUUCUUAUAUUUUACCCUA